AUGGCUUCAAGGCAGGGGAAACUCUCGACGCCAUAUGACACACCGGGCGAGCCCAGCCCAAGAACUCUGCCGCAAGAUUCGUCCAGAAACCCCAAUGCGCAGCAACAACGGCAAGUAGCAGAAGGCAGCGGGCAACUUUCAUUUCCAACCAUAGGAGAACAAUCCGAUCACCCGUCAGGACACUCAUCGCAAAAGAAGAAACGCCGGCAACGCGGUCAUAAGAAGAGACGCAAUCGGCGACAGUCGUUUGCUCCCGCUCCAGAUGAAACUGGCCCCGAAGAUAAUUCAGCGUCGAGACCAUCGACAGUGGAACGGCUCACUUCACGCGAUACCACUGCAGCGAGGCCAUCGUUUUACAAAUUGGGGCAAUCGUCGGGCGGACCAGGGAAUACCAGCAGCACAAGCUUGGAGAGCGAGGCGCUUUUGGAUCACAGGGACCAACUGCCAAUGCGCCCGCGACGACAAAGUACGCUUCUCUCAAGCUUCGCUAUGCCUCGCCCUUCCAUACAAAGUCCUCUGGAUGGUGCCUCCAGCUCGGCCUUUCGUCAGCGGCCAUCUCGCAUGAGGCAAUCGCAGCAAUAUUCGGGCAGUGAUGACGAGGACGUUGCAGUCGACGACCGAACUCCCUUGAUAGCUUCAGGGCAAGACCGGCCGUCGUCCAAGGAUGGAUACGGCGGAUUCUUUACCCGCUCGAGAACCGCUUCACGGGACCGGCCUGGCUCAGCUGCGACAUCAACUUCAAGUCGACGGCGGAAACGGCUCGGCACACUGCCACAGCACCCGUCCUCUACAGGUUUGGAUUACGAUGUGAACAACCCUCCUUCGGUACCGAGCAGCCCCAAGCUGGGCACGGAUAUGGGCUACGGCGAUGUCAUGGUGACGGGCGACUUCAAUUCACGAUCUCCCGAGUCCAAGCGCGGUAUUGGACCGCUGUCGCGGGACGCUAUCGUAGACAUGGAAAAUGAGAGUCUUGUCCAUAGCUACCCAGGCUCACAUCCGUCAAAUCCAUCGUCUCCCCGAGGCGAGUCGCCUGAGAGACGUCGACAUACGGUCGCUGUUCCAGGCGAAGUCGACGUGUGCUUCCCCAUGGAGGGCAUGUCAGAGAUUGCAGAGGAAGACUACACUCCGCCAGAACCGGGGUUCCCGUACGCGCCAACAACGCGCAGACGACGCGGCCGAAAAUGGCCCGAUCUGUCUGUCCUCGAGGAGUGGAGCCGGGAAGAAAAGGAAGAGCGCAGUGAGGGUAUUCGCGCCAAGAAGAUCAGCGAACCGGUGCUUGUCGAUGGUCGACUACGCCCGCAAAUGUCCGCAUGGCAUCGACAGCAAGAGGACGAGCCGUAUCGAUUUACCUACUUUAACGAAGAGUUUCAGAGCACGGUCCACAGCCAGACGAUUUCUGAAUUGCUCCAGCCUGGGCAGACAUUUAGGGACCUCUUCAUCCCGGACCCGCCUCUGCUCAGUGACUCCUCGUCAGAUGAAGAAGAUGACGAUCUAACUUCCCAUCAAGACCACCUCUCUCGGAUGCCGAGCUUGUCUAAACCGACUACGCGACAAUCGUCCAUUCUUGGGGAACAGAAGCCAGAAGGCCGUGACUCUUCUGGGCAGCCCACGCCAGCGCCGGAAACCAAACCUAAGCGAUAUGGUGCGCGGCCGACAUUCUGGCUCGACGUUCUGUCUCCGACUGACGCAGAGAUGCGCGUCAUUUCCAAAACCUUUGGCAUCCAUCCCUUGACAGCAGAGGAUAUCAUGAUGCAGGAAGCCCGAGAAAAAGUCGAGUUGUUUCGGCAUUACUACUUUGUCAAUUACCGCACAUUUGAGCAGGACAUGAGCAGCGAUGACUACCUUAAUCCCGUCAAUAUGUACGUCAUUGUGUUCAGAGAAGGUGUUAUCAGCUUUCACUUCUCCAUGACCCCACAUCCGGCCAAUGUCCGUCGGCGAAUCCGUCAGCUCAAAGAUUACCUCAUUCUCAGCUCGGAUUGGAUCUCGUACGCCAUCAUUGACGAUAUUACCGACGUUUUCGCUCCAUUGAUCCAAUCCAUUGAGCGAGAAGUCGACGAAAUCGACGACGCCAUCCUGCAAUUGCACAAUCCCGAUACUCCCGACGAAAAGCUCUCCGCAAAAAUGACUCCUUCGAGUAAGCUGCCAGUCUCAAAGUUCAAAGACGUCGCGGCGAGUGAAAAACGCUCCGAAGCAGGGGACAGCACCUCGGGCGUCUCGGGCGGAGACAUGCUUCGCCAAGUAGGCGACUGUCGAAAGAAGGUCAUGGGACUUUAUCGUCUUUUGGGUAAUAAAGCAGAUGUUAUCAAGGGGUUUGCCAAACGAUGUAAUGAGCAAUGGGAGGUGGCUCCCCGGAGUGAGAUUGGGCUCUAUCUCGGCGAUAUACAGGAUCAUAUUGUGACCAUGACGGGAAAUUUGACGCACUAUGAAAUGCUCCUCUCCCGUGCCCACUCCAAUUACCUCGCUCAAAUCAAUAUUCGCAUGAAUGAGCGUCAAGAACAAACGUCGGACAUUCUUGGCAAACUCACUGUCCUCGGAACGAUUGUCCUCCCCAUGAACAUUGUUACAGGUAUGUGGGGCAUGAACGUCAUGGUCCCUGGACAGGAGAUAGAGAAUUUGUACUGGUUCUGGAGCAUCACCGCAGCGUUGCUCGUGUUUGGUAUUUCCUGUUAUUUCAUUGCAAAGCGGGUCUAUGGAAUUGUUUAG